AAUAUUUUUUUGUCUAAAGAUACUAAAAAUUUUCGCUUUGUAAUCGUCAUCCGAGUUAAAUAUUGUCACAACAAUUUAGUUCGCAGUACAGAGAAUGGGCCAAAAUCAGUCUGGAAGUGGAAGUGGCGGAGACAAGAAGGAUGACAAGGAUAAGAAGAAAAAAUAUGAGCCUCCAAUUCCAACAAGAGUAGGCAAGAAAAAACGCAAGGCGAAAGGUCCAGAUGCUGCUUUGAAACUACCUCAAGUGACUCCUCACACGAGAUGUCGAUUAAAGCUAUUAAAGUUGGAGAGAAUCAAGGAUUAUCUUCUGAUGGAAGAAGAAUUCAUCCGCAAUCAAGAAAGACUGAAGCCCCAAGAAGAAAAGAUCGAGGAAGAGAGAUCUAAGGUGGAUGAUUUAAGAGGCACACCAAUGUCAGUAGGAAAUCUUGAAGAAAUAAUAGAUGACAAUCAUGCCAUUGUGUCUACUUCUGUGGGCAGUGAGCACUAUGUGAGCAUACUGUCCUUUGUGGACAAAGAUCAGUUGGAACCAGGUUGCUCAGUGCUGCUCAACCAUAAGGUUUGUGUUUCCACAUUAUAAUUGCCAUUAUAGCAUGGUCGCCAUACAGAAAGAAUUACACAUUCUUUCUGUUCAGCAACUUGGCAUUAAACAUCUCUUUCACUCACACACAUGCAUCUAGCCACUGUAGACUUAGUAAAGUAAACCUAACAUGUUUACUACAGCAAUCAGCAGGCACAGAAGUCAACAUACAAAAUUCUCUCUGUUCAGUGACUAUGCUAUAGUUUAUUAGUGAAAAUGUGAUGAAGAUUUAUUUAUAUUUCUUGAAUUGUGCUCUGGAGAGCAUAUGUUGGUUUCGGGAACUUUACAUAAAUAUUGAUGAUAUUUCGGGAAAUUAUGAGAGUUAAUGUAAAACAUGUAUCCAAUACAUUAUAAACAAUUAUUUGUUUCAUUUUAGGGUUCCAUGUAAAUAUUUGGUUUUCAAUAGGGUUCCUUCUCCAAAACAGCUUUUGUGUUGUCCUUUUAUGUAUUUAUAUUAUUGUAGUUAUAGAUAUUUGCUCUUGUGUUGUUUUUUUUUUAGUAGAGAAAGAACAAUCUCAAUAUGGGAUGUUGUGUCCCUAUCACUAUGGGAUGUUGGCAAAAUUUCCGUGUAUAAUUGAACAAGUACAUAUUUAAAAAAAAAAAUCUACUGGUAACUCCUAUUACAUACUUUUCUAUUUGUAGGUACAUGCUGUUGUUGGUGUACUAGGUGAUGAUACAGACCCAAUGGUCUCUGUGAUGAAAUUGGAGAAGGCACCACAAGAGACAUAUGCCGAUAUUGGAGGACUGGAUACACAAAUUCAAGAAAUAAAGGAGUCUGUGGAGUUACCUCUUACACACCCUGAGUAUUAUGAAGAGAUGGGAAUCAAGCCUCCAAAGGGUGUCAUUCUGUAUGGUCCUCCAGGCACAGGCAAAACACUGUUAGCAAAGGCAGUAGCAAAUCAAACAUCUGCUACUUUUCUACGAGUAGUAGGAUCAGAACUGAUCCAGAAGUACUUGGGUGACGGUCCCAAGCUGGUUCGUGAAUUGUUCAGAGUGGCUGAAGAGCAUGCUCCUUCUAUUGUAUUCAUUGAUGAAAUUGAUGCUGUAGGAACUAAACGAUAUGAUUCCAAUUCUGGAGGUGAAAGGGAAAUUCAAAGGACCAUGUUGGAAUUACUGAAUCAACUCGAUGGAUUUGACUCUCGAGGUGAUGUCAAGGUAAUUAUGGCAACAAAUCGUAUAGAGACUUUAGAUCCUGCCCUCAUUAGACCAGGUCGUAUUGAUAGAAAAAUCGAGUUUCCAUUACCAGACGAGAAAACUAAAAGGCGAAUUUUUACUAUUCACACCUCAAGAAUGACUUUGGCAGAUGAUGUAAAUUUGUCUGAGCUCAUCAUGUCUAAAGAUGACUUGUCUGGCGCCGAUAUAAAGGCAAUAUGUACUGAAGCUGGUCUUAUGGCACUGAGAGAAAGACGUAUGAAGGUCACUAAUGAAGACUUCAAAAAAUCCAAGGAAAGUGUCCUUUACAGGAAGAAGGAAGGCACGCCAGAAGGGCUCUAUCUAUAACUUUUUUAUCCUAUCAUUUAAUUGUCUGUAAUCAUCAUGCUAGAUGAAAUUAAAAUAAUAACAAUUAUAUAAUAAUACUGAAAACAAAAAAUAAAAAGGUGCUUAUUAGGGUUU